AUGGCGGUCUUUAAAUCUUUUAAUCUUUAUAAUUUUUAUUUAACCAAGGACCUAACCAAUCGAAUUAAUAAGUCAUCUUUAUCUCAUCGAACUUGGUUUACUAGCAAAAUUCUUUUCGGUACAGCUUGUGUCCAUCAAAAGAUUUUAUAUACUUCACUUCCUUCAUCCAGAUCUCAAAAGUCUAAGCAAUAUUUAGUGUUUGAUAAUAAAACAUCCUUUAAGGAUUUUCUACAAAUAACUUCGUCAUCAAAAGCUCAAAAUCAUGAUUUAUAUAAGAAAAAAGAUAAUAAUGAUUUAAUAGGAAUAGCGGAUCAGAUUCCCUAUUUGAAAAAUGAUAUCAAAACAUUAGGGAUAAAUACAAAAUAUUUUAUAGAAGUUUAUGGAUGUCAAAUGAACGUUAAUGAUACUGAAAUUUUAAUGUCAAUAAUGAAUUCUUCCGGAUAUCAAAAAACUGAUCGUUUAGAAGAUGCUGAUAUUAUAUUUUUGGUUACGUGUGCUAUUAGGGAUAAAGCUGAAAAUAAAAUUUGGCAUCGGUUAAAUGUAUUAAAAAGUAUGAAAAAAAAUCAAAAGCCAUUAAUCGGUGUAUUGGGCGUAAGUUCUAUUUUCUUUAAAAUAAUGGUAUCACAAUUUCAUAGUAAUUCGCUUAUUAUUUAUCAGUGUAUGGCAGAACGUUUAAAAACAAAAUUACUCGAUGCUGAUAAAAUGGUUGAUAUUGUUUGUGGUCCUGAUGCGUAUCGCUCAAUUCCUCAUUUGUUAUCAUUAGCUAUUCAAACUUCUGAGAGUGUUGCUAAUGUCAUGUUAUCAGCUGAUGAAACUUAUGCUGAUAUAAUGCCAGUUAGGUUGCAUCAAGGCAAUGUUAGUGCAUCUUUAAGUAUUGAAAGAAGUCGUCCCUUGUAUCCAUCUAUUGUUGAAGAGAUCAAAACUCUAAGUGAUCAGGGUGUUAAAGAAGAUACAAGUGAAUAUGACUUUUAUAAACCACUUGGUCUUGGUAAUCAACUUAGUAACGAUGGAUUUAAAACUAUAUAUCGUCGAAAAGAGGGUGGUAUAAGAUUUACUGAAUUGCUUGACCAUGUAUCCAAAAUUGAUCCAGAGAUGCGAAUACGUUUUAUAUCACCUCAUCCAAAAGAUUUUCCAACCGACUUAUUGAAACUAAUCGCAGAACGACCGAACAUUUGUAACCAAAUCCAUCUACCAGUACAAUCUGGAAACACGAAAGUGCUAGAACGGAUGCGGCGUGGAUAUUCACGUGAGGCCUGUAUUUCCAAAUUAAUUUCAAUAUCUACAACAAAUUUUGAUAUUGAUAAAUCUUUCAGAUAUUUAGACUUAAUUAAUACCAUCCGAGAUAUAAUACCUAAUGCCUCUAUUAGCACGGAUAUCAUAACUGGAUUUUGUGGUGAAACAGAAGAAGAACAUCAAGAUACUAUAAGCCUAAUGGAAAUUGUAAGUUGUCAUUUUGAAAAUCUCUAA